UCGGUCACUUCGCCUCUCCAAUUAUUAGCAUAUUUAUCAGUUCUUUCAAAAAUAAUCAGAGCCCCAAAUCACAUCACGAAGCUCAUCUUCAAUCCAGCACAGCACAUGAUCUCCUCCAUCUCCACCACUUGCAUAAAUUCCGCCUCUAUUCCCUUCCUCUCUUUCGUUUCUGCUGUCUCUUCCUCAUCUUCUCCAUCCUCGCGCAUCCAAGGAGCUUCGUGUGCCCUGUCUGCCUCCUCUUUGCUGUACGACAUGGACAAUGGUGGCAGUCCAAGUCUAUUUCCACUGCAUCGCUGCAAAACCAUUCACCUGGUGAGGCAUGCUCAAGGUAUACACAAUGUUGAAGGAGAUAAAAACUACAAGGUGUACAUGUCUCCUGAAUAUUUUGAUGCCCAUCUUACUCAGCUGGGCUGGAGUCAGGUAGAAAACCUGCGUAAACAUGUUCAUUCAAGUGGACUCAUCAAAAAAAUCGAUAUGGUCAUUACAUCUCCCCUGCUAAGGACUAUGCAAACUGCUGUUGGGGUAUUUGGAGGUGAGAGCUAUACUGAUAGUAUGGAUAUUUUACCUCUCAUGGUGGCAGAUGCAGGAAACAGUGGCCGUGCUGCAAUUUCCAGUCUUAAUUGCCCGCCUAUAGUUGCAGUUGAACUCUGCCGGGAACAUUUGGGUGUUCAUCCUUGUGAUCAGAGGAGAACCGUUAGCGAGUAUAAACGCCUUUUUCCUGCAGUUGAUUUUUCCUUGAUGGAGAGUGAUGAGGAUAAUUUAUGGAAGGCUGAUAUCCGAGAGACCAAGGAGGAGGUUGCUGCCAGGGGAGCCCAGUUCUUGAACUGGUUAUUCACAUUGAAAGAGCAGGAAAUAGCUGUAGUCACGCACAGUGGAUUUUUGUUUCAUACACUGGCAGCAUUAGGCAAUGGCUACCACCCUCUCGUGAAGAAGGAAGUUUGUAGCCACUUUGCUAACUGCGAGCUCCGAUCCAUGGUUGUAGUGAACAAAAGCAUGAUUAGCUCAGAGCCUUCACCAACCAACUAUCCGGGGAAGAUCCCAGCUGGCCCUGAUUUACCCAGCAGUGAUGUUUCUGACAAGGGCGGAGCGAAAGACAGCCACAGCUAAUUAUGGAAGUGAAAACUAUGCCCCGAGUGUUUAUUUAGGUGCAUCGGUCUGUAUGAGCAGUUUCAACUACUAUUUCUGGAGCUGUGGCUGUCGCUAUGGCUAACCGUGUUGCUUUUAAGUAUUGGGGGAAAGGUAAAGAAACCUAUUCAGAAAGAAUAUUGAAAACAUUUAUGGCCAUGGUCUCUUCUUGCCCUGUAAUUUGUGAUAUUUGUCUCAUUUUGAAUGUCCAUUUCAUCAGGAGACAAAUUUCAGUUAGCUAUAAUAGAUUUUGCACAAAACACAUACUGUGGACAAAGCCAGUGAACUUUUGAGAUCAUUAUAUGCAAUAUAUAAUUGUGCAAUAUAUGCA